AGCGGAGGAAUUCGCAUGCGAGACUGGGUGGCACACGCCCUCUACGUCACCGAGCCGAGGAGUCAAAGUGAAGACGCUCCACUUUUCUUCCUCCACUUCGUCCUACAGCCCUGCGCCGUCACCUCCCUCCCUCCACAGCUGCGGAGGCGCAAUGUUGCAGCGGGGACAUGCUCAUUAACUCGGCACGGAAGAUUUCGCAACUCGGAGCUCACUGACUCACCGCCGACAGCGCUUCGCCACAGACUGGCCUCUAAAAUGGACCAACAGAACUACAGCUGCCAUUAUAAUGAGUCCAUGGGCUUUUUCUACAACAACAGCGGCGCCAAUGACAAAUGGGACACAGCCCAGCUCAUCCUGGUGCAGGUGGUGGGCUCUCUUUUCUGCUGUUUCAUCCUGGUCUCCAACGCCAUGGUCAUAGCUGCUGUCAUCACCAAUAAGAGGUUUCACUACCCUUUCUACUAUCUCCUUGCCAACCUCGCCGCCUCAGACUUCCUGGCGGGCAUAGCGUACGUGUACCUGAUGUUUAACACGGGUGAGGUGUCGCGGAAACUUACAGUUAAAGAAUACUUCAUCCGUCAAGGUAUUCUGGACAUCAGUCUUUCAGCCUCGCUGUCUAACCUGCUGGUAAUAGCUCUGGAGCGCUACAUCUCCGUCAUGAACUGGAAAGUCCACAGCAACCUGACGAAGAGGAGGGUGACCCUGCUGAUCGUGCUGGUGUGGGCCAUCUCCAUCUUCAUGGGGGCCGUGCCGAGUCUGGGCUGGAACUGCAUCUGCAACCUGAGUGACUGCUCCCAGCUGGCUCCUAUCUUCAGCAGGAGCUACCUGAUCUUCUGGUCCGUGUCUAACCUGGUGGUGUUCCUGGUGAUGGUGGUCAUCUACACAAGGAUCUACACCUACGUCAAGAAGAAGACGGCGGUGCUCUCGCCACACACCAGCGGUUCCAUUAACCGCAAGAGAACGCCCAUCAAACUCAUCAAGACGGUCAUGGUUGUGCUCGGGGCCUUUGUAAUCUGCUGGACUCCUGGCCUGGUGGUUCUGCUCCUGGACGGCCUCAACUGUACGAGUUGUAACGUCAUGAAAUCAAAACGCUUGCUGCUGCUUCUGGCUGUACUCAACUCCGUCAUGAACCCUUGCAUCUACUCGUAUAAGGACGAGGAAAUGUGGACAACGUUAAAGAACCUCAUGCGCUGCAUCGGUAACGGCACACGACGGCAGCGGUCGACAAGGGCCAACGCCCGGCCGCUCAGCUCUGCUCAGGAUACGGGCAACAGUCAGCCUCCCUCGGAGGAGACAAAACAUGACGAUCAGGACAUAAACAAGACUUGAAAGUGGAACUUGUUCAGAAAUUUUACCAGAACUUGUGUCCAGCUCUGACUGGAAGUUCCUUUUUAUGAAGAUGCAGAUUGGUGUUGACUUCAAAGAGAAACCACACCAGUUGGUCUCCGGGCGGUGGCGGCGUCCGCUGAUUUAAAGUACAUUCUUGAAGAGACACUGCAGGCCGGCCUCUCCAGUGUAGAGCUGGUGAGAUGGAGAUAAGAGACUUUUAUGCACGACUAAUUCCCCUAAUGGAUGAAAAUAUGUUUUAUUCAGGAUUUUACAGUUUUUGGACAACACUCCGGAAUUGUGCGAUCCCUGUUGCCGUUUCAUCCUGUUGUCUUCCUCAUCACAUCCCUGUGGGUUAUUUAAACUUGGACAAUUCUGUAAAGCAAGACAAUAAUCCUGUAUGAAGUGCAGAGCAGUACAUUUUUACUUUUACUUCCAAAAAAGGUAGAAUCAUGCUAAAGGUGGCUUAACUUUCUCCCGUUUAUAUACAUUUGUGUACAUCUUAUUGUCUUUAGGUUUUCUUCCUUGUGUAUCUUCUCAGGAAGUGAGUCUGUACUGGAUAAUCUACUGUAGUUAGGACAUGUAAAGUGUUUGUAGUCGGGUACAAUAAAACUGUAGGUUUGCUUGGGCAGGGCACAGUUUUUAAGACGGCCAUUGAAAAAUACUGUAAACUUCUGUAAUGUAUCUAUGUACAUCCUGUAAAAAGCUUAUAAGAAGAGAUGAGGUCAUUUUAACUGUAUAACAGCCAUUGUGCGCAGCAUGACCUGAUUGUUUUGGCUAUUUGCUAUUUGCCAUUUGUAUUUCAUUUGCAAAGCAGUUGGGCCUUGGGAACAGGGAACAGAUGAAAGUAUCCCUCCUUUCGUGUGCGAUCCGUCAUCUUUUAUCAGUUCACCUUAAACAGCCUGCAGAACCUCAUGGCGGUAAACUUGUUCUUCCUGUAGCAUUUUUACACUUCCACUCGCUGAAUGGCUGCUCACCUGAGCAGGGGUAGUAAAAUGUUGCAACACACUGGAUUCCUGUUGGAGUCUAAGCAAUAGCCUGCAUACCUGCAGGAAUCAAAGGGGAUAUGACUGAAUGACUGUAACUAGACACACACACACAGCACCCCCACCACCACCAACUCAGUUCAAAUGACUCAUAUUCAACCUGCUGUAAAGUAUUUAUGACACUCCUGCUGUAAAAGACUUGACAUCAUUAAAGCUAUUUUGUGUAUUUUA